AUGCCUCCUAAAGCCGCCACCGAAGCCAGCAGCCACGGCCUCACCGACGGCGAACUCAAGCUCGCCCUCGCCAUGAUGAAGCACAUUGACCGCCCCACCACCGACGUCCUCGAGAAGAUGGCCUCCGAGGCCGGCCUCGCCAGCGCCUCCAGCGCCCGCACCCUUCUGGGCCGCGCCGCCACCAAGCACGGCUGGUUCAGCGGCGGCGUCAGCGCCACUGCUGGCGCCGAGGACGGUGGUACUCCCGCCGCUGCUGCUUCUACGCCCCGCCCCAAGAAGACUCCGACCCCACGCAAGAAGAAGAUCUCCGAGGUCGAGGAGGCUGCCGAGGAGGAGGGCACGCCUACCAAGAAGCGAGGCCGCAAGACCAAGGCGCAGAAGGCUGCGGAGGAGGCUGCUGCCGCUGAAGCUGCUGCUGCUGCUACUGCCCAGGAGGCUGCUACCCAGGAGGAUGAGGACAUGCAGGAGGAUGGCAACGACGAUGAUAAGGUCCCGGCUGUUGCUGCUGAUGGUGACCAGGAGCAGACUGCCGAGCAGAAAUAA